GCGAGAGAGGUUUUCGUGCCCUCUCCCCUUUCUAGCGAUCCAAUACAGCAUCAAGCAGACGCAAAGCAAGAGGAGCCAUGUUACUCAGGAGAGAAAGCAAAUCCAAUAUCCAGAGAGGCAAUUCCAUUAUUAGGCCAAUGAAAGUUCCACGAAGUCGUUGCAAGUUUCAGGCAAGCCGGUUAGGAAAAUGAAAUCGAGCGGGGUGGAGAAGAACGGAGGAAAGACUUGGCCGAUGAGGAAGCCACGUCUGCCCUGACUUCUGCAACAUGCCAGGGACGAUGUCCCUCCCCACCUGCAAAUCUGGGUUAAUUUGCGGUAAAGACUCUCCCAAGAUUAUAUAUUCUUCAUCUGUGGUAAGUUCGUUUGAGAGAUCACGGCUGGGCCAAUCAGCACGCUCUUUUGUUCUUUCUGCUAGCACGCUAUAAGUUACUUUGUCUGAAUCGAAGCAUGAGAUCGUAUUUCCCCCUCCAUCCCCGCAUAACACCAAGUCUAGGCAAAUUGCUGCGGAAAGGAAGAUUCUUCCGGGUAUCACAACUAUACUCAUGAUAAGCAACUCUCUCAAGGGCAGCUGUGUAAUUGUAGGGACCAACAGGGGCAGUUCUCCUGUUUCGUUCCACGCCCCUGCCCGGAGCCUGUCUGAGAGGGCUGGGCCUCCCAUCUCUAGAGACCUUUUAGGUGGCUGCUGGGGUGAGGAGAGGGAAGGCCAUAGAUAACUCUUCUGCCCUUGGCCCUCCGCUUCAGGACAAACCUUUGCAACGGGGAGCCUCUUCCGCCCGUGGUGGGGUUCCCUGGAGAAUUAGGGCUCUACAUCACCGGACAGAGGAGGGCUGCUGUGGCCAAGGGUUAACCUGAACCCUGGGAGAGAGAACAGCUACAGAAGGUAAAACAGGCUUUUUGUUUUCUCUCUCAUGCUGUAAGUAUUAGGCUGGGUAAUUUUUACAAAUACAUUCACAGAAUUUCUAGCUUGUUUUCUCAUUAAAAACAAUCCCUGGGCACGAUGAAGGACAACUGUACUGUAUUGGCUUCAGCAUGUGCGUGAGGUCUCUUGCACAAUUUCUCUCACGAUCAUUUAACCUGAAUUCCUGAGCCAGGCUGGAUUCUUGAUUCCUUGUGAAUGGGGUGGAGACCUCUUGGCAUUACUCAGUCAUUAUUUUUACUUUAUGUCUAUUGACUGUGCAGCAAAUAAAUACAUACUUUUCAGUUUCAAGAUACAUGAUAGACUUUUGCAAUUGACUUUUCACACUUUGCAAAAAUUAGCAUUUUUUAAAUAUAUGAGUAUAUUAGCUGGUCAGUUGGGUAUGGGGAUACCAUGUGGGUGAACAAAGUCUUCAUCAGCUAUUUUUAAUCUUAUUUUUCAUAUACAUAUCUUGUAAUUUGUGAGAUAGAUGCUAAAUGUGAGGCCAUGUGAGUUAAAUUAUUACAGUCUAAUCAUUUUGCUCAUGAUUCCUGUCAAUCCAUUCAGGACUUUUCAGGAUAGAGAAAUUUCAUUUAAGUAAUUCUCAGCUGUCACUGCAUAUACCUGAAUUUGAAUUCUUGAAGUAAACCUUGCUUCCUAUGUCAGCAUUAACUAAGCACUGCCCAGAUCAUGUGGUUGAAUCAAGGUUCAGAAUGUGCUGUGGAGAUGGGAUUCAAUUAUUCUAAGUUAUGUGAGAACAGCCUCGGCUGUGAGAGCCAAGAACAGCAUCUGAAGGAUCUCUGUACUUCAACAAUUCCGUUUUUAGAGAUCCUCUGUAAGAACGCCUCUUCCUUUUCAGUGGCCCUCUUGGCAAUUGUCUGGGCCUUUAACACCAGUGGAGUUCUGCUCAGUUUUUUCUUCCUCGUCUUCACAAUUCGCUUCAGAAAAAAUAGGAUUGUGAAGAUGUCUAGUCCAAACUUGAAUGUUGUGACUCUCCUGGGCACUGGCUUGACUUACAGUAGUGUGUAUCUCUUUGGAAUUGAAAAACAGAAUCCAUUGACCAGACCAUCCUUGGAGAUGCUGAUUCAAGUGAGAAUCUGCAUAUUAUAUAUAGGUGGUUCCUUGGCUUUGGGUCCUAUCCUGGGAAAGAGUUGGCGUUUAUAUAGAGUGUUCACUCAACAGGUGCCAGACAAGAGAGUGAUUAUCAAAGAUUUUCAGCUGCUGGUGAUGUUAUCACUGUUAGUCCUGGCUGAUACUAUCCUGCUCUUGAUAUGGAUCUUCUUAGACCCAGUCCAGUGUCUCCAAAAUCUUAAUGCAGAUGUGAAGGUCACUGACAAAGGCUUGAGUUGCACACUGAGAUACGGAUAUAUCUGUAAAUCUCUCUAUUCUGAAUUUUGGUUUAUUCUCCUUCUGGGAUUUAAGGGAAUCCUGCUGACGUAUGGAACUUACCUUGCAGGUCUAACAGAUAAUCUCAGUUGCCCACCAGUUAAUCAGUCACUGACACUCAUAAUUGCAGUGGCCAUUAUUUUUCUCUUUAUUGGAAUUAUGCUGGUGGUUAACAGUUUUUUCUACUUGUGGCACAAUCUGGUGUAUGGAUUAACCUCAGGAGGAAUCUUUGUCUGUACAUCUUCAAUAAAUUGUUUGAUUUUUAUCCCACAGCAGGUCAGACAGUGGAAGACUUUUGAAAAACAAGAAGUUGACAUCAGCAACAUGGCCAAAUAUUUUACAGGUUCCAACAAGAAUUUCCACUCUACAAUGUAUAGUGAUGAAGAGAUAUACCAGCUGCUAGGGGAGAAAAAUACCAUGAUGCAGCAGCUUGCAGAGAAAGAUACAGCAAUUGCAAAUCUUCAAGAACAAAUGAACAGCGUUAAAGAGAAGUUGAUGAGACUGGUGGCUAUAGAAGAUAACCACAGUGUUGCUGACUCUCCAUUUCUUUCUACCUCCCACUUAUUGCCUUCUCACUCUACAGCUAAUUUUUCUUCAGUGGCAACUGAAAAUCUACCCUUUUCAUUUAGCCAGGAGCUGAAGCCAUGGCAGAAUUCUAAGCUCUCAAAUUCACAAUACAUAGCAGGAUCAUUUAGUAAAAAAAUGUGUGUUGAUGACCUAGAACAUACAGAUCAAGAGAACAUGUCAUUAGACAUUAUCACUAAGUGCAGACUAGUGAAUAAGAUGAAUUCAGGUGCUAAGUAUGAUGAAGAUCAAUGGUUUUCCCAAUCCAGUGCUUUACUUACUAGGGAGAGGCUGCAUGAACAGAAUCUCAGUGCACUGAGCAAAGAAGCAAAGCAAUCACAGUCUUCAGCAAUGAACCAAAAACAAAACCCAGAAAUGAGUUCUGCGAACAGUGAAAAUUUUCAGGAUAUCUUGCAAGACCUGGGUGUGAAUCACAUUACUGUAAUGCAGACAUCUUCCAGGGGACCUAAGUACAAUUAUGAAAGCAGCAUGAUGUUGCAGCCAAAGAAGAUUCAGAAGAAAAUCCCCUUCCAUCUUUCUGGGUCCAUGGCCUCCAAUAUUCAGUGUAGUGUGAACAAAUCAGCCAGCAGAAUGCAAAGAAUGAGCAGUAGAUUAAUAGAAUAUCCUUGGUCAGCACCAAGAAACACCAAGGAUGGAGAUUCUUUGCAUCAGCCUCCGCCUUUGCCAUCACUGGUGUUUAAGAAAGCACUCCAGACUAAGCCUGACAAUGGGUUUGAACAAUUAUACAAUGAAGGUUAUGGCUUGUUGCUAGAUAAUCAUCUAGUAGAGAACUGUGCAUCCACAUUUUAUCCCACAAGCUCGAGGAAUUUCCACUACCAGCAGAAAGAUUUUCUGACAAGAGCUAUUCCAGGCCUCCUUCCAUUCCAGCAUUUUUACUUUGAUUCUGGCAGUAGUUCUUCUGGGGAGGGAACCUAUUGCCACCAGACACAGGCUUGUGAAGUUUGCCAUUACAGUCUCUCUUCUUCUAGUGACAGCUGUGUGAUGAUUGAUACAGAUUCUGAAUAUAGUAUGACUUUAGAUUCUGCAAAACUUUAUAGCAAAGCUCAACCAAUUGUGAAUUUCAAUGAAGAUCUGGAACCCACGUAUGUGUAAAAAUAAAAUGUGAAUUUACUAUAGAUUUUUGUUUCCCAAUAGUAAAUGAGAAUAUCCUCAAAAGUGUUGCUUCUCCUGUAAGUUGUUUGAGCCUACAAGAAUUAGUGGUAUAGAAGC